CACACACGGCGCAGUCUCCUUAAAACUCAAACCCACUUCCGCAAACGGGAUCGAGACAAGGCCGAGAGGAGGAGGAAGAAGGCUCCGGGAAGCUCGAGAAGAGGCGAGGAGGAGAGGAGAGGGAUCGCGUUGCGCGUCGUCGUGGCGAUGGAUCGGGUCCGCGGCUCCGCGCUGCUGCUCGGCGUCCUGCUCGCAGGAUCGCUGUUUGCACUUUGUGCUGCAAAGGAGGAGGCCAAGAAGCUCGGUACCGUGAUCGGUAUCGAUCUCGGUACCACCUACUCAUGUGUUGGUGUGUACAAGAACGGUCAUGUUGAGAUUAUCGCCAAUGACCAGGGUAACCGUAUCACACCCUCAUGGGUUGGGUUCACCGAUGGGGAGAGGCUCAUCGGUGAGGCUGCAAAGAACCAGGCAGCUGUCAACCCUGAGAGGACUGUCUUUGACGUCAAGCGUCUCAUUGGAAGAAAGUUUGAGGACAAGGAGGUGCAGAGGGACAUGAAACUUGUCCCCUACAAGAUUGUGAACAAGGAGGGCAAGCCUUACAUUCAGGUCAAGAUCAAGGAUGGAGAGACCAAGGUCUUCAGCCCUGAGGAGAUCAGUGCUAUGAUUCUUGGAAAGAUGAAGGAGACUGCUGAGGCAUACCUUGGCAAGAAGAUCAAUGACGCCGUUGUCACUGUUCCUGCGUACUUCAAUGAUGCACAGAGACAGGCGACCAAGGAUGCUGGAGUGAUUGCUGGCCUCAAUGUGGCUAGGAUCAUCAAUGAGCCCACUGCUGCUGCUAUUGCCUAUGGUUUGGACAAGAGGGGUGGCGAGAAGAACAUCCUGGUGUUUGACCUGGGUGGUGGUACUUUUGAUGUCAGUAUCUUGACCAUUGACAAUGGCGUCUUUGAGGUGUUGGCCACCAACGGUGACACCCAUCUUGGAGGUGAGGACUUUGACCACAGAAUCAUGGAUUACUUCAUCAAGUUGAUCAAGAAGAAGCACGGCAAGGACAUCAGCAAGGACAACCGUGCUCUUGGAAAGCUGAGGAGGGAAGCUGAGCGUGCCAAGAGAGCCCUCAGCAACCAGCACCAGGUCCGCGUUGAGAUCGAGUCCCUCUUUGAUGGGACUGAUUUCUCGGAGCCAUUGACCCGUGCCAGAUUCGAGGAGCUGAACAACGACCUGUUCCGCAAGACCAUGGGACCCGUGAAGAAGGCCAUGGAUGAUGCUGGCCUUGAGAAGACCCAGAUCCACGAGAUUGUUCUUGUUGGAGGCAGCACCAGGAUUCCCAAGGUCCAGCAGCUCCUCAGGGACUACUUUGACGGCAAGGAGCCAAACAAGGGUGUGAACCCUGAUGAGGCUGUUGCCUUCGGAGCUGCAGUGCAGGGAAGCAUCUUGAGCGGCGAGGGCGGUGACGAGACCAAGGAUAUCCUCCUCCUCGAUGUGGCGCCCCUCACCCUCGGAAUUGAGACUGUUGGAGGAGUCAUGACCAAGCUGAUCCCCAGGAACACAGUUAUCCCCACCAAGAAGUCGCAGGUUUUCACCACCUACCAGGACCAGCAGACCACCGUCUCUAUCCAGGUCUUUGAGGGUGAGCGCAGCAUGACCAAGGACUGCCGUCUUCUCGGCAAGUUCGACCUUUCUGGCAUUCCCCCAGCUCCAAGGGGCACUCCUCAGAUUGAAGUCACCUUCGAGGUUGACGCCAACGGUAUCCUGAACGUGAAGGCUGAGGACAAGGGCACGGGCAAGUCUGAGAAGAUCACCAUCACCAACGAGAAGGGCCGUCUGAGCCAGGAGGAGAUCGACCGGAUGGUCAAGGAGGCGGAGGAGUUCGCCGAGGAGGACAAGAAGGUGAAGGAGCGCAUCGAUGCCCGGAACCAGCUUGAGACCUACGUCUACAACAUGAAGAACACCGUCGGCGACAAGGACAAGCUGGCUGACAAGCUGGAGAGCGAGGAGAAGGAGAAGGUGGAGGAGGCCCUCAAGGAGGCGCUGGAGUGGCUGGAUGAGAACCAGACGGCCGAGAAGGAGGACUACGAGGAGAAGCUCAAGGAGGUGGAGGCCGUGUGCAACCCCAUCGUGUCGGCGGUGUACCAGAGGUCCGGCGGAGCUCCGGGCGGCGAGGGCGCCGACGGCGGCGUCGAUGACGAGGACCAUGACGAGCUGUAGAUGGUUUGGAAAGGAACCAAUUUUUGUAAUGGGUUAGUAGGGGCGAGGAGACAUGGAUAAUUGGUGCUCUACUUACUUUGUGUUGUGGUCGGGGGUGGUCGGGUUUGUUCGCGGAGACUGCUGUUAUUAGUCUGUUGGCCGAGUUGUAGAGAACUCUCUUUGCUGCUGCUGUUACUUCCUUCUGAUGUUUUUUCGUUUUGUUAUUAUAUAGCCGGAUGAAGAAAAGAUGAUGCAGUUUUAUCUA